UUCUCUCUCUUAGCUUCUGUUUUACAACAACUAACACACGCAGACAAGAAAGAGAGAAGAAAGAGCAUGCAAACCCUGAAACAUGGCUUAUUUUUUCUCACUUUUGACCCUCCAAUUUUGCCUAAUUCACAUUUACUCAUCACCUGCUGCUUCCUUUCAUCUUUCACUCUGUGUUGUUUGACUUUUCACUAUCAUGGCGAAGGCAGAAGCAGAAGCAGAAGCAGCAGAGCCUCCAGUUCCAGUCUUCUCAGACGUCCAAUCAGUUUUGGAUUUUCUACGCAAAAAUGGGCUAAAAGAAGCGGAGUAUGCUCUUAAAGAGGAUAUGAUUGAGAAACAUGAACUGGGUUCUUUUGAUUUCGAGAAAUUCUUGUUUGUUUUGCCUCCGGUGAGGAUUCCGGCGAGCUUCCGGCGUCCGGAUGAAGAUGGCGGUGUUGGUGGUGGUGAAGGUUCAAGAUCGAGUUCUGGGUCUGGCUCGGAUGAGGAGUUUGUUAGCUUGGGAUCUUCCACUAGUAAUUUGUGCUCUUCAGAAUUUACAAAUCCAUAUGGACUUUGUUCUGGAUCUCAAGAUAAUUCAGAAACAUCAUCAGAUAGGUUGUCUCAGUUUGGCACAGCACGUGAUUACCCCGGUCUUGAUUUGCAAAAUGACCUCUAUUGGUAUGAUGAAAGAGACGAGGGCUACUUCAUGACUCCAUCGUUCAAUGGGCCAGACUGCUUCGGUGGUCCAAGUGAGGAUAAAUUUGUCAUGACAUCAGGGACAGUGAACCAAUUUGAAAAUCCACAGAGUUUAUUUGAUAAAACUGAAGGAUUUGAAACAGAAGCAAACAAUGAUUUCUUGGAUAAGCCUUGUCUUUUUAAUGUGACAUCUGUGAAAGAUAAGAAUGAAGCUCAAGCAAUGGACUUUUAUCAUUUUGAUAAUGGAAACCAUCCUGAAGUAGGUAUUGAGAGGAAUGGUUGUUCAGUUCCUCUUUACAAAUGCUGUGUAGGAGCAGAGGGAAAUUAUGUUAGGGAUCCAAUUGAUCACAUCUAUUCGAGUUCCAAAAACACUUAUUUGAGUGAUUUUCAGCUAAGAGUUGGAGAUAUUCCCACUGAUUGUGAUGUAGCUCCUGGAAAUGGAAAAAACAAGAAUGGUUACUACUCUUCAAAAGCGCAUUCCAACAGUGACUUGUUUGAAAAUUAUAAAAGCUCCACUGAAAUAAUAUCAAAUGGAUUUGCUGACUAUGAAGUUGGAAAUGGUAGAGAAGCAAACGGAGAAGCUGACGAGCUUAAGACUGCUGCAGAUGAAGAUGGUGAAGUUACUGCAGAUGAGCUUCUGAUGUUCGAUACUCAGGAGGAUGAAUAUGAAGUAUUUGAUCUGCGAAUCAUACAUAGGAAAAACAGGACAGGAUUCGAGGAAAAUAAGGAUCUGCCUAUUGUGCUUAAUUCUGUCAUCGCAGGCAGAUAUUAUGUCACAGAAUACCUAGGUUCAGCUGCUUUCAGUAAGGUUGUUCAGGCUCAUGAUCUUCACACAGAAGUAGAUGUUUGUCUGAAGAUUAUUAAAAACGAUAAAGAUUUUUUCGAUCAGAGUUUAGAUGAAAUUAAACUUCUGAAGCUUGUGAACAAGCAUGAUCCAGCUGAUGAACGCCACAUUCUUCGUCUUUAUGACUACUUCUAUCACCAGGAGCAUCUCUUCAUCGUUUGUGAACUCCUCCGUGCAAACUUGUAUGAAUUUCAGAAAUUUAAUCAAGAAUCAGGCGGUGAACCAUAUUUCACUCUGAGCAGACUGCAGGUUAUAACUCGUCAAUGUUUGGAGGCACUGGAAUUCUUGCAUCACUUGGGAAUUAUUCAUUGUGAUCUCAAGCCUGAGAAUAUUCUGAUAAAGAGUUACAGGAGAUGUGAGAUCAAGGUUAUUGAUCUUGGAAGCAGUUGCUUUAAGUCAGACAACUUGUGCCUAUAUGUACAAUCUCGUUCCUACAGAGCCCCUGAAGUCAUUUUGGGUCUUCCAUAUGACCAGAAGAUUGACUUAUGGUCUCUUGGCUGCAUCUUGGCUGAGCUAUGUUCUGGGGAAGUGCUGUUUCCGAAUGAUGCGGUUGUAAUGAUCCUUGCACUUAUGAUUGGGAUGCUGGGCCCUAUUGAUUUGGAGAUGUUGGUGAGGGGGCAGGAGACACACAAGUACUUUACAAAAGAAUACGAUCUCUAUUAUGUAAAUGAGGAAACAAACCAAAUAGAGUACAUUAUCCCAGAGGAGUCCUCAUUGGAGCAUCAUCUGCAGACUUAUGAUGAUGGAUUUAUCGACUUUGUGAGAAGCUUGCUUGAGGUCAAUCCCCUGAGGCGCCCAACUGCAAGGGAGGCACUAGAGCACCCUUGGCUUUCUUAUUCUUAUGAGUCAAAUUCUUACUGAAUUUCUGGAGGAUUUACCACUCUUGUUGAUACAUUUACGUCUGUUUAUUACACUGUCUUGUGAGCCGGGAAAACUGUGAGCAUAACACUGGAGCACAGGUUUCCAAUAUCAGUUUUGUUUUGAUGUGAAUGCAACCACCCCAGCUUACUGAACUAAGUUGCAUAUACUUGCUUGUUAAUCAACACAUAAUUUAUUCUGUACAGAAGGUUGUUCUGCAUAUUUUUUUGAUCCCAUUGGUAGGGGUUUUUGUAUGUAGCUUGAACGCCGCAGCAUUGAUUGGCAUAAACAGAGGCACAAUAAUAAGAUGUUUAGUGCAUUGCUUUGGAUUCUUCA